AAAAACCACACCGGAAUUAACCAGGAUCGGAGGAGGCAUUGAUCGAGCGGGAGGCGUCGAUUAGGAAGCAGCAGCUAGCUAGCAAUCAAUUUGGCUGGCCGAUAAAUAAUUGAUUCGAUCGAUGUCUGCCAAGAAAAUAGUGCUGAAGGUGAGCAUCAUGUGCAAGAAGUGCAAGGUGUGCGUGAUGAGCAUCAUCGCCAAGUUCGACGGCAUCACGUCGAUGACGUUGGACCUGGAGAAGAGCACGGUCACCAUCGUCGGCGCCGUCGACGCCGUGCUCAUCGUGAAGGCCCUCCGCAAGGCCAAGAAGCCCGCGGAGAUCGUGACGGUGGGGGAGCCCGACAAGCCGCCAGAGAAGAAGCCGGAAGAAAAGAAGCCGGACGACAAGGAUCCAUGCAAAAAUCUGCCGCCGUGCUGCAAGGCCUGCACUUAUUACGUGGUGUAUGAUGAUUAUCAGCCUCUGUGCAUCAUUUUAUAAUUGAUUGCUGAGAUCGAUCGAUCUAGCGGCAUAUGUGCACCUAUUACUUUCAAUUGUGGUGUGAAUAUUUGCGAUCUAUUUAUGUAUUUAAAUAACCGGCCAACGUUGAUACAGGUUUA